UUGCUUAACGGACGGACGGAGCGUUGAAUUGAUUGAGAGCCGUUGAGUGUUGUAUUGUGUACUUUUGAGACUGUUUUUAUUGUAUUUCACAGUUUUUAUUUAUUUAUUUGAGUGAUUUUAUAUUAGAAAGAAUGUUUUCCAAAGCCAAAAGAUUUGAACCAUCAUCUCUCAAAAGCCAAACAAAAGAUACAAAGCAGCCGGAACUAGAGAAAGUACAGCCAACGAAACAGCCAGAGUCCGGGAAAGUGAAGUCAACAAAUCAGCCAGAGGCAGACAAAGUAAAGCCAACAAAUCAGCCAGAGCCAGAGAAAGUGAAGCCAAAAAAGCAGCUAGACCUUGAGAAAUUAAAGCCAACAAAACAGCCAAAGCCUGAGAAACUAAAGCCAACUGUGAAGACGCUAGCAGUUGUGAGCAAAUUGAAGUCUACUGUGACACCAGCAAAGGCGAAAACCAGCAGCGAUGUGCAGUCCCAGUGCAGCUCCAUUACCAGCGUCAAGUCUUUUCUUACUCCCAAACCAGUUACAAAUAAGAAAAUUACCAAGCCCCCAUCUAGCCUGAAAAAGCCGGUGCCCUCGGGCCAAAAACUAAGUGGCAACAAAAUUCAAAGCUGUAAGGUAGCCACUGAAGAUAUUAUCAAAGCCCAAGAAGCUGAAAUAAGGAACAAGGACUAUACUAUUAAUGAAUAUAACAAGCAAAUUGAAGAACUCAAACAUGAAAUUGCUAAUUUACAAAAACAAAUGAAGGAAUCUACCAAAAAUGUUAACACUACUGACAGUUUAAAUCAACAGCUAUCAGAGAUAUCACUGAAAGAUGAUGAAGAAGAAUCUAAAACCAAAGAUAAUGCUAGUAAAAAUAUUGCUCAAGAUAACUUAGAAAUGAUUGCAAAAUAUGAACUUAAAAUUGCUGAAAUUGAACUUCUCUGUGAAAAAUUGGAACAAGAAGUGAGCAGUAAACAAGUAGAAUUAACUUCUCUUGAAGAAGUUAUUACGAUUAGAGAUAGUUUGUGUCAGGAUCUACAAGAGAAACUGACCAAUAUGGAAUCUGUAUUGGAAGGAACUAGGGCUAGGCUUGAAAUGGUUAAGGGACAUCAUGCCUUAGCACUAGAAGCCAAUGAAAGCAUUCGGCGAGAGUACAAGGCUGAACUAGAAAGUCUGAAGUCUAAAUUUGAAGAAGAAAAGCAGGCUAUUAUAAGUAGAUCGAAAUCCGAACAGGAUAGCAUUAGAGAACAUUACAACAUUAUCAUUGAGUCCAUUAAGAAUCAGUUGACUAAAGAAAAAGAUGAAUUGUUGAAUGAUCUACAACAACAACUGGCAAAUAAGGACAAUGAGAUGAAAGCAAAACUUGAACAGAUGGAUGAGGCUACUCAUGAAAAGCUGAGGCUUUGCGAGAUUCAGUUUGAAGAGCGUAGUCGUUCAAUCCAAGAACACUGGACUCAACAACAAGAAAAAAUAUUCUCUCUAGAAAAAGAAACCAAGGAUCUCAAAUAUAGCAUUAGCAUGGCGGAACAGAAAAAUCUGUAUUUACAAAGGGACUUUGAUGCCCUAAAAAAAGAAUGUGACAUCUUAAAAUAUGAAAAAGAAAGCAUUUUUGAAGAUACCAAUGAACUGAAAGAUGAAACAAAGAAAAAAUUCAUUGAUUUUGAAAAUGAGAUCAAUAAACUCACAGUAGAGGUGGACAAGACAAGUAAGGAGAAACGUCAGUUUGAAAUGUCUCUAUCUGUAACUAGAGAUAUUGUCCAAGUUCUCACAAUGAGGCUGCGAGAAUCUGAUAAUGAAUUGGAACAUUUGGAAGAGAAAGUUAAUUCCUUAACUGAUGCCAAAGAGGCUCUGGAAAAUGAACUCAGUACGUACAAAAGCUCUUUAAAUAACGCUCUCCUAGAAUGCAACGAAUAUAAGGAAGCCUUGGUCAAUAUUCUCAAGUCGAAAGCGGCGCUAGCAAAGGAACACACGCGUAUAAUGGAACACAACGUUACGCUAAUCGAGAGUCUGCAAAACGUUGAAAAGGAGGCAUAUCGUGAACUCGGCACUAUACAGAGUGAACUUAUUGACGACGUGGAAAUGAUAAAGAAGGAGUCUAAAUCUCAAAUGAAAGUUUUGCAAGAUGAGGUUGAGAAGAAGCGCUUGUUGUGCUCGCUGGCCACGGAGCAGGCGGCGGCGGCGGCGGCCGGCGCGGAGGCUGCGCGCGCGCUGCUGGCGCACGCGGCUGCCGAGCUCGAGCGCCGCGACGCCGACAACCAGCGCCUGCAUGCACAGAUACAAGACCAACAGUCGCUCGUAGUGGAGCUGUCCCUGCUGCGCCAAGAAAACGAGGAGCUGACCAUGACCGUGGCCAAGCAGUCCUCGCUCAUCGACAAGCUGAAGAAGGACGCCGAAACCCACGUCGCGCCUAAGUCCCCCUCGCUCAUGCGCAAAACACACAAGAUCGGCAAAGAGAACUUGCCCGCUGUUGUCAGCCCCCUCAGGGAACGCAACCACUGAC